UAACAUAAAAUAGUUGAAGUAAGAGGCUUCCCAUGGCCGACACUCCCCGUCGGUAUUCCUGCGAUACCGCAGCGGAAACUCUAAACUGGAUGAAUGCCAUCGCCGACUUCUUGUUACGCUUCAGAUCCCUCAUCGACGCCCACGUCGUCAAUUUUUUUAAGGAUAGGCUUUGGGAGACGAUAGACAACCAAUGGAUGGAAUGCCUUAGGAAGGAGCCUGUGGAGAAUCUAUUGGGUAUACCAUCCGCGUUCGUUCAGGAGCACUGGCCUCCUUCACUCAGGGUAUUCAUUGUCACAUUGAGGUCUCUUGUACUCCCUAGAGAGCAGAAUUUGUCAAAUGCAAUGUUGGAAAAUUUCCGCGCAGCUUCAAUUGGCAGCGUUCUCUCUCAAGGAAUGAAUUCAAAGAAAAGACAUGAAGUAGAAAUACUAGCUGCUGCUGUCAACACUGUUGCUCAUUGUGUUAAUUCUCAGAAGGUCAUUGAUGUUGGUUCAGGGCAGGGUUACCUUGCUCAAGUUUUAUCAUUUGAGUAUCAGCUUUCUGUGGUAGCAAUUGAUUCUUCUUUACACCAUUCAUCUGUCACGAGUGCCCGAGCAAAUAGAAUUAGGAAGCAUUAUGCAGCCAAACUGCAUGAACUUCAGCAUGGAGAUGGACUUGUAAAGAUUCCUCAGACUGUCACUUGCCAAGUACUUUCUGGUGAAUUUCUUGCAGCUUUAAGCAUUGGGACGUCAGAAUGUCAGAAACAAGCCAAUGACAUAAGGUGUAGCGUACAAACCAGCUCCCUCAGAAGUUCAGAAUCUGAUGUAUGUAAAGCUGCUAUACUUUCUAAAAAUGGGAAUACAGGAUUUCUAGUUCUUGCUGGGCUUCAUGCUUGCGGAGAUUUGUCGGUAAACAUGCUAAGAGCAUUUGUUGAUUGUGAGCAAGUGAAAGCUCUUAUUUGUGUUGGUUGUUGUUACAACCUACUGUCUGAAGAAAAUUCUGAGAAGGCUAGCUUGCUAUCUGGUUUUCCAUUGAGCAAUGGUGCCAAAUUGUCUGGGUUAACCCUUGGAAAAAAUGCACGCGAUCUUGCUUGUCAGAGUGCAGAGAGAUGGAAGCACUUGACUGAGAGCGCUGCCCGUCAGAAUUUUGAGUUGCAUGCAUUCCGAGCCGCAUUUCAAAUGGUUCUGGAUAAGUAUUAUCCAGAAGUCAUCGGAUCAAGUCCAUCAAUUGGACGGCCUGGGAAGGCUCUGCGACGCCAGCAGAUGAGAAGAGCAGUACAAUCUCAGUUUGGUGCUGAAACUAACAUUUCAUCAUUUAAGUUGAAGGAUGAAAACAAUGCCGGCAACAAAUCCUUUGCUAUGCAAUCUGAUGAAACUGACGCGACUGAAGAACACUGUGAUUGUAGAACCCUAAAAGUGAAUAUAAUUAAUAACCCAGAAGUAUUUUCAGAGAGACCCUGUUGUGAAGGAUAUAAAGAAGCUCAGUCUUCCACAAGCUCUGAUAGAUAUGCCCUUUUUAAAGUAUUCAGCAAGUCUGGAUUACAUCGUCUGGGGUUGGAAAGUCUGCAGGAUUUCAACUUGCUUGAACCUUGGAUGAGAGCUGAACCUUUCUUGGAUUUUAUAGGACCAUAUUGGUCUUUACGUGCUGCCUUUGGUCCACUGCUUGAAACAUAUAUUUUACUCGAUCGAUUAUUAUUUCUUCAAGAGCAUAGUAAUUUUGUGGAAGCACAGUUGGUUCCAUUAUUUGAUCCCGCACUGUCACCCAGAAAUAUGGCAAUUGUGGCUCGAAAAAUUGAUGCAAAUGUGGUCAUUACAUAAAGAGGAGAAGCUGUGCUUUAUAAGAUUAGAAGUUACAUGGCAUUUGUUGUCACAAUUAUUUUGGAUGAGAUAGUGUUUCAGAAUAAUCAGCCUUUCUGCACUUAGAAAAAAAGGUCUCUCAUGCAGAAGGAUAGCUAUGUUGACAAAAGGAUAGCUAUGUUAUCUAAAUUGAACGGCUUGGCAAUAAACA